AUGUGUCCGACCCGACGAAUAGUUAUUGGUGUCGUGGGUGCUUGCUUAGCCGAUUUCCGAUCUUCAGUAGUGAAUAUGCUCAGUGAAUUAGAUUUUGGCGACUUUUGUUUUCAGUCUAUAAUGUUUUUUGCUGCAUUCACUAUUCUUAUCGGCGGAUUAUUAUUAUUAACAAUAAUAAUAACGUGGAUCUGUCAAUGUUGUAAAGUGGUAAAUACAUCAGUUAAAUCAAGAAAGCGAGUUCGACAGUUAUCGUCAUUAUUAUUUGCUAUAAGCAUAUUUUGUUUUUUUUUCCUCGGAUUUUGCCUGUUCGGAAAUGAAUUUGUGAAUAGAGGGAUUACAUCAUCAAUAGCAAGUGCGAAUGAUAUAAUACAAAAUUUUAAGUUGGCCUCUGCUCAGUGCAAUCGACUAAAUGAUACGCGAAUACGUAUGAGAGAUCACAUGGUUUUAUUGAGGACUAUCAUGCAAGAGGAAGUGAGGAAACAUACAGCUAUCAAUAAAACGGCUUUUAAUGAUGUCGAAAAUUGGGUCAAUUCGUCUAUUGAGAGGAUCGAAACAUUUAAUUAUGAUGUAGACCACAUUAGAAAUCUGUUGCUUGGAACAAUAUUCAUUGAAAAAGCUAAGGUGUACUCUAAUCGAAUUGAACUGGAAAGGCAAGUCAUCCAAUUUUCUAUAUUUUUUGAAGUAAAUGAUGGAAAUUUUAGAUGGAUUCUUUGUACGAUUUUGUUAUCAAUAAUGUUUGUGGUACUGUUCGCAGGAAUUAUUGGUUUUUGUCGUCGGUCAAAAAAAGGCGCCAUUGUCUUUUCUGGACUGGGACUUACUGUUUUCAUUGUUGGAUGGCUUUUAUUUUCUACAGUUUUCCCUGCUACUGUGUCGCUGGCAGAUUUUUGCGCUGAUGGCGGAAAUUUUAUUCGAAAGCAUUUAUCGAAUGAUUCAGUGGAUAUAUUGAAUUUUUACCGCAAAUGUGAUCCUCAGUCAACUUAUGAUAACAUUCCUCUACCAUUAAAAGCGGAAAAUAUUACUGUAAAAUUAUCAGCUAUUCAGUCAUUACAGCGUACAAUCGAAUUAACACUUAAAAAUAUCUUCAAUGAAAGUUUUAAGGCUUUCUUCAGUUUCCAGAUCGAAGAUGUUUUGAAUUAUUUGGAUGAUGAUAUUUCACGUUCAUUACGAGGUUUCGGAGCCUUUUCAUCAACUGUCGCAUGUUAUACAUAUCACUAUGAUUUCGAAAUUAUGAAACAAGGUUUUUGCGUUGAUGGAAUCAUUGGAGCAUCAAUAUUAACAUUAUCGCUAUUCUUUUUGGGCUUUUUCAUGUUUACAUUGCUUCUCAUUGUUUCAAAAUCCUGGCAUCUCUUUGCAAGAUUGCCGUCUGAUUACAUAGAAGUGGACGAAGAAGAUCCAUUUUUCCCUCGUACAAACGAUAGCACGAUCCCCGUAGAUAUUUAUGGAACACAUGUAUAUAAUCCUCGAACUCGGCUGGCCAAUUCUUUUGAAUCAACAAGUAAUCAUAUCCCACCUUCGACUGCUCUUCUUGACUCUGCUGGACCAUCCACUCCAUUAUGGCAGCGAGGAAUUGGUGAUCGAACAACAACAGUUUCGGCAGGCAAUGCACCUCCUGCGGUAGGAUCAAAUAGGUUUUUUAUGAUGCAAAGAGGGUAG